AUGGAAUACGUCGACAAAUUCACGGACAUUUACUGGGACCUCGCCAAGGACAUCGACUUCAACUCCAAGAAGAUCCAGACGGCGAUAUUCUUUGUGGUGUUCAACCCAUUGUACUGGAACUUCGGUGCCAGACUCGAGUACAACACUAAACUUCUGUCCAAGCUGGCUUUUGGCAGUAAGUUGCUUGCUGUGUACGCGUUCUCCCUGACCGUCUUCACCCUCGGUCUGAUUAGAGACCACAUCUACAGAGACGCUAUUCUGGACCAGCCGACCUCUCCAUUACUGGACACGCCGCUGGUUAAGGCUAUCGGGGCACUGUUGUUUGCGACCGGCUCUGUUUUUGUCUCCAGCUCCAUGUAUAAGCUCGGAAUCGUGGGAACUUACCUCGGAGACCACUUUGGCUUCCUUAAAGACGAGAGAAUCACGGACUUCCCAUUCAGCGUGCUUGACAACCCAAUGUACGACGGAUCCACUCUGUGUUUCCUGGGAACAGCAUUGUGGUACGGCAAGGCUUCGGGAGUGUUCAUUUCUGGUCUUGUCUACGCCAUGUAUCAGCUUGUUGAACUGAUAGAGGAGCCCUUCACCGCCAAGAUCUACUCGAAGCGGGAUGAGCAGAAAAAGGCAAACUAG